AUGAACCUGGCACUACUCAUUAUGCUCACUGUGAGCGUCAUCGCAACAUCUGAAUCAAGAGGGGGAACUGGAAAACGAUAUUGUGGAUGGGAACUCAUGCAGAACCUCCAGAUUCCCAUACCCAAACUCGGCGACUGGUACGCAGAGCAAACAGGAUAUGAUCGAACUAUCGACGCUUUCUUCCAUGAUGAGACCGCACAGACUCAGGCGAAAGCAAAAAAGUCAAAGGCAAAAGCCAUCGCUGCACGCGAUGCAAGGGACACCAGAGAUCUGCGGGAGGCAUAUCUACAGAUCAUGACCAAACAAUGCCCAGGGACGGCUAUAACGGCGUCGCUCAUUGAUCAGGGAAUCUCCUUCUUCAUGUCUUACUACUGCACAGGAGUGGAUCAGCCGUCGAUACAGUCAGUCGAGUAUCAGCAGCAUUUAUCCACACAUGGCUUCCAUCCGCUCGUUGCAACGUCCAUGACGGCUUUGGGUAUUGCUGGUGUAGCCAACCUCUACAUGGAUACCCGUUUGAAAAGCGAAGCGACACGCUGGUACCUCGAAGCUAUAAAUAUGGCUAAUAUGGCGAUUUCCUCGCCCGAAGAAGUGAAGGCUGAUAGCACCCUCACUUCCGUCAACCUUCUCAGCAUGUUCGAAGCAACAUUCAACGACAAAUCUCUAGCUGGAUGGAGCAACCAUGUCGACGGUGCUGCCUCCCUCAUCAGAAUGCGAGGGAUGGACCAAUUCUCCACUCCAGCGGGACAGCGAAUGUACCUCCAUACCAUCGGUUUGCUCACCAUGAACUGCAUGGGAAAGGGCAUUCCACUUCCUCAAUAUGUUCAUGAUCUCAACACCGAAGUCAUAAAGCAUUUGGAUACCAAGGAUCCCAGAAAUCGAUUCUUCUUCCUUCAUAUCAAGACCAUUGACCUAAGAGCGAGGAUACUGAAUCAAGAAGCGUUUUCCUUGGCAGAUAUAAUAGAGUCGGCUCUGGAGCUUGACGACGUUGCUGUCAACAUUUUCAAGGACCAAGGACCUGACUGGGACUACGAUGUAGUGCCUUGCGAGGAACAAGAGUGCUGCUAUGAGAACUUUUACCAUGUUUACCCGACUGCAACAGCCGCUCAGACAUGGAACUGGGUACGCUACAAUAGAAUCUAUUUCCAUGACAUCAUCCGAAAUUGUAUCUUAGCGGACUUCACAGCCAGUCUACCAACGCUUGUUGGUAUGAAGUAUCACGAGCAGCUAGAGACAAGCGCUCGCACUCUAUACCAGCUACAAUCCGACAUCAUAGCAAGCAUGCCUCAAUUCUUGCACGACGUUCCUGAUGCUGCACCGAGCGGAGCGACCAGCCCGACAAGUAGCGAAUCGUCACCGGCAGGCGCGUCGGGACAAGGCAAACCAUGGCCUGCGUCAGGCAGUACAGUCUCAGCAUCUCCAUACCGCAUAGCUCUCAAAUCUCUCGAUGGGAACUUCCGAGGCAACACGCACAAUCUCGUCCGAGCGCUAAUCGGAACCGGAUCAGUGAAGGACCGGCUUCCAAUUCUCAAACGUCACCUCGCUAGCAGAGGAGCCAUCGCUUUCGGUAUCUGCCCGCAAUACCUACCGCCAGAUGACGGACCCUAUGUUCCACAACAGGGUCUAUACAACAAGGUGGGUCGAAAGGUUCCUGAAGUCAUGAUGGAAUCAUCUUUCCAAGCCUCAAUUCCUUCUGUGAUGGAGAUGACCGACGAAACGCCUCAGGCGCCAUUGCAAGAUGAUCUGGACUCAGUGUACUAA